GUUUCAAAACAAAUAAGGAUACCCUGGACGCUAGGGCGUUGGGAACUACAUCGACCUAUCUCCUCUUCACUACGCCAAUCUCCAAAUCUUCCGGCGGGAUAUGCCAAAUCACUUGCCUUGAUUCUAGUAGCCCAGUUUGCUCUUCACAUUCGAGCUACGUCCAGGCGCCGAGAUAUCUCGUCGAGUUCGAUUAGAUCGUUGGCCCCACGAAACAGCCCACCAUGGCCGACGGGGGGUUCGCACCCCGCUCUAUGAAGCGCAAGAACGUCAAAGGCCUCGCCUUGACUCCAGCAGCUCCCAAGCCUCCCCCAACAGCCGAGACCGCGAGGCUAGGGAACGACUUUGGUGCGAAAGGCGACGACAAUAGCGCCCAGCUCGAGAUCGGUAUCGAGUUCAAUCUAGACCUGAAACCCGAGGAUCUCGAGAUCAUCAAGGAUCUCGGGGCCGGAAAUGGAGGUACUGUCAGCAAGGUCAGGCACAUACCGACGAAUACCGUCAUGGCUCGAAAGAUUAUCCACGUCGAGGCGAAGAAGGAAAUGCGCAAGCGCAUAGUUCGUGAGCUCCAGAUCAUGCAUGGAUGCCAUUCCGACUAUAUCGUCACUUUCUACGGCGCCUUCCUCAACGACAAUCACGAUGUGAUCAUGUGUAUGGAGUACAUGGAUGUCGGAUCCCUUGACAGGGUGUCGCGAGUCUUUGGCCCCGUCCGAGUCGACGUCCUAGGCAAGAUUGCAGAGGCCACCCUUGGCGGCUUGACAUACCUCUAUGCGAAGCACCACAUCAUGCAUCGAGACAUCAAACCAUCCAACAUCCUAGUCAACUCCCGCGGCUCGAUCAAGCUAUGCGAUUUUGGCGUCUCCGGCGAGCUCGUCAACUCCAUUGCCGACACCUUCGUCGGCACAUCGACUUACAUGGCACCAGAGAGAAUCCAGGGUGAGAAGUACACGGUCAAGUCGGACGUGUGGAGCUUUGGCCUCAGUAUAAUGGAGCUUGCUAUUGGCAAGUUCCCUUUCGCCGCCAGCGAGCAGCUGUCCGAUGCAGAGAGUGCCCCCGCCGGCAUCCUAGAUCUGCUUCAGCAAAUCGUGCAUGAGCCGGCUCCGAAGCUGCCCAAGAGCGAUGCUUUCCCGUCCAUCCUUGAGGACAUGAUCCAGAAAUGCCUGUAUAAGAGUCCCGAUGAGCGGCCGACUCCCCAAGACCUAUACGAGCACGACCCCUUCGUCCAAGCGGCGAAGAGGACUCCUGUCGACUUGAGGGAGUGGGCCUGUGGCUUGAUGGACCGAGACAAUCGCAAGUCUCAUCUUGCCCCCCAGCUCUCCCCGGCGACGCAGGAACUCUUACGUUCGAGCGACUCCCCUACCUUUCUAAACCAAGCAGAUGACCGAACUCUGCAAACACCCACUUCAGGUGAGAUACCCAUCGUGGGACAUAUGGUGUCACCUCGUGACCAAUAUGGCAGCCUAUCGAAUCGAUCCCCGACGCGGGGCGGAACCUUCAGCAACCUUGGCCGCCCAAGUGGAUCGACUGUACAUCCGGGAUUGGGAUCAAGAGUAGUCGCCGCCCACCCGAGUCCCAGUCUCGCACAACAAGUGGCAUCCGGCAGCUCUACCCCCGGCUUGUCCGGUUCCCGAAGCGCGAGCAGGCCCACAUUUUCUCUCCCUGUCCGACCCGGCCCGCCGGGAGCGCCUCUCCCCACCCCGCCCGUUCGACGAGAGACGUCCGAAGACAUCAGAAAGGAGAGCCGACGACAGGCGACUUUCGGCCUACCCCCAAAUGGCAGCUACAGCGCAGGCUAUCCCGCCCAAUGAGUUUUGAAAAAAAAUAAAUCGCCUGGGCGGAUCUUGAAGUCCAACGUCUUCACGACAAUCCGCCGAUUUCCUAGAUUUCCUACCCGCUAUUGUUUCCUAUCACUAAUUUUUUUCCUUGAAGAGAAAAAAAGAGAGAUAGUCUCUCCAUCAGAUUCGCAGGCAGGCUCUUAUUUCUCGUCAAUCCGGCCACCCCUUGGUUGUCUCCUGAUUCGAGAGGCAUGCAUCGUUACUCGAGCAUCUGCAGCAUUUGUUGGCGUAACCAUGGUG